GCGCGGCCAUUGCUUACACAUCUUGGACAGGACGGACCUUCGGGGUCCUCCCUCGGGGCGAUGGCGGGUCACGGUGAUAACCGUGACUUUGGUGGUGGUGGUCGCAAUCUGGGUGGAGGUGAACGCGACUACGAAAGGGGAGGUUAUCGCGGGUAUGGGAGUGAUCGUGGGGAGACUGGGGAUAGGGGUUACGAUGGUGAUCGUAGGAUUGGAGGCGAGCGGAGCUUAGAUCGGGGUCCUCGGAGGGGACCUUUGAUUUGCUUCAAUUGUGACGAGCCGGGCCACUAUGCCAAUCAGUGCCCUCACCUGAGGCGGAACGAGCACCCGUCGGCAUCGACUUCCCGGGGUGGCUCUAGCCCUCCAAAUAGACCAAGCUUCAGCGAGCGACAACAAUCGGACCCGUUGGAGUUUAAGGUAGCCGAGAUUGGUAAGAGUGUCGCCGCAGUGUGUCAGUUUGUCGAAGUGGAACAGCAGAAGAAAGUUGUGAAGGAACGCAGGAAAGCUAAGAAGAGCGAAGCUGAGGAACGAGCCGAGGCUGAACGAGCAGCAACUUUACUUAGCAAGCAGAAGAAGGAGGAGAAAACUCGCAGGGAAGCCGAGAUCAAGCAAGAACUGCACAAGAGUUUGGAUGUCAGAAUGGCGGUACGGGUCAAGGAACUACGCGAGGAUGUGCGUGAGGAUGUCCGACAGGAGAUUCGUGAGGCCAUAAGUGAGUUGUCCUUGGCGGUAUCUCGUGGCAAACGAAAGAAGGUGGAAACUGCAGUGCCGGCGAGGGAGAGUAGCGCGAGCAGCAGUGAGACCGAGGAGUUGAAUUUGCAGACCCGAAGAUUGUGUAUGUCUGAUAAGAGAAAACGUGGACCAGAUUCAUUGCUUGAAGGCAGCCCCCCAAUGGAGAUGCCACCUAAGCGUACACCGAAACGGGGACCGCGAUCUGCAGCGAUUUCUGGGAGACUGACGAGAGCUAAAGCUCGUACGCAGAAGACCAUUACACCGAGGAAGACUCCGCCAUCCAUUUGCAAGAAGACUCCUGCGGCUAUUGGGAUUGCCGGACGACUGAGAUUUGAGAAACGAGUAUUGAAUAACCUCAAGAACUUGGACGUACUUGUCUUGCAGAAUAUCUGCAAAGAUGAGGGAAUAUCGUACAAUGGUAAGUUCGAAGCCAUAUUUGAUAUUGCCGCACAUCGUACACACGUGGCGUAUGGCACGGACGAUGACGAGGAGGCAAUAGCGACACCGGUGGUGUGCGCUGAGGAGGGGAUUGACGAGAAUGAGUGAUGCAUUUUCAGUAUUGUUGACUUGUGGUAUAUCGUUCGUUGUCUCACGAAUUUGCGUUCUUUGAUAGAUGUUAUCGAUGCUCGAAUUGAG